GGUGUUCGCUGUGUAACUUUGCAGAUCACUUCCUCAGCGGAUGGAAACUUCACCGACUUUCGUCCAGACUUGUGAACUCCCAGGCAGCAGCAGGUUCUGUCGAAAACCGGUGAAACUCACCCACAGAUAGACAUUUGUAGAACUUUUCGUGUUUCUCCGCCUUUUUUCGAGCAGUCCGCUGACGGAGACACAGACUUCCUGAGCCGUUAACCGUGUAGCGGUGAGCUCUCCCCGUUACUUCACACCGAGAAAGCUAACUGAGCUAACUGCUAACAAACUUUCUCCGACGCUCUACUCUAUUUUUCGGCUUCUUUCCGGGAUCAUCGCCUUCAUUUGACCGGACCACAGCGGCGACAACUUUCCAGCGAACUUUUAAAAAAAAUGGAGUCGGAAAGCAGCUAACAGUUCGGGAACAGAAAAGCUCCACACUCCGCAAUUUUCACAACUUCACUCUGCCGGGUUCGAGUCGACAGCUCCAGGGUCAGGAUGCCCGGAGAUUCCGCCGUGAACUUCAACCUUCUCCACCGGACCUGUAAGCUAGUGGUGCUGCUGUGCUUCCUCCACAUUUCCGUCACCGUCUUCUUCUACGUCCGCUCCUUGGACCUGCGUUUCGCCUUCGCUCAGAACCAGCAGUCCCUCCAUCACAAUGUGACAGCAACGUCCAGCCAGCUCACAACCAGCGCGUUCACUUCCCGAACCAAGCUGGAGGAAGAGCAGAGGGUCCGGGAGCAGGAGCAGGAGCAGCUGCGGCCCGGGGAGCCACAGAAGGAGCUGGACAAGUGCCCCGAGACGUCUCCUCUGCUGGUGGGUCCCCUGCGGAUCGAAUUCAACAUCCCCGUGAGCCUGCAGCAGAUAAAGAAGGACAACCCCCAAGUGCAGCCAGGCGGGCGCUUCAGGCCCACAGACUGCAAGGCGUUGCAGAAGGUCGCCAUCAUCAUCCCGUUCCGCAAACGUGACGAGCACCUCAAGUACUGGCUGUACUACUUGCACCCCAUCCUGCAGAGGCAGCAGCUGGACUAUGGAGUCUACGUCAUCAACCAGGAUGGAGAUGAGAUCUUCAACCGAGCGAAGCUGCUGAAUGUGGGCUACACAGAAGCUCUGAAGGAGUACGACUAUGACUGCUUUGUGUUCAGCGACGUCGACCUCAUCCCUAUGGACGACCGUAACACCUACAGGUGUUUCAGCCAACCACGACACCUGUCCGUGUCCAUGGACAAGUUCGGCUUCAGGUUACCUUACAAUCAGUAUUUUGGUGGUGUGUCGUCGAUGAGUAAAGAACAGUACUUGAAGAUCAACGGUUUCCCCAACAACUACUGGGGCUGGGGAGGGGAGGACGAUGACAUCUACAACAGGUUGGCGUCCAGAGGCAUGUCCAUAUCUAGGCCCAGUGGAGAGGUGGGAAAGUGCCGAAUGAUCCGACACGACAGAGACAAGCAGAAUGAGCCGAACCCUCAGAGGUUCGACCGGAUCGCUCACACCAGAGACACCAUGAACAAAGACGGCAUCAACUCUCUGUCCUACACAGUGGUGAGUGUGGACAAGCUGGACCUGUUCACCGAGAUCACUGUGGAUGUGGGGAAGCCCUGAGGGGCCCAGAGGGGCCCAGAGGGGCCAGGAACUGGGAGCUGGACUGCUGCAGUGAAAACCACAUGGUGCCUCUGACACUUGAAGCUUUACGGUCCCCUUCUGGACCGGACCUGCUGGACACUUGUUUUGCACAAACAGACUGCACAGCCUUGAGGACUCGUCUCUGAUUGGUCAGGUCUAACCAAUCAGACGCCUGCAUCAGACGCCGUGGCAACAAGUUCUGAACAGACUUUUAUUUUUAAAACAAUCAGAGCCGCCCUGCUGUGUCACAUGGUCUGAUACACCGGUGGAGGUUCUGGAUAACACACAGGAUGGGCUCACAUCUGGUUCUGGUUCUGGUCCUUGGUCAGGUCUGUGUUCUCGUGAUGGUCUAGUUCCUGGUCCAGUUCCUAACCCUGGUUCAGGUACUGGUCCUGGUUAUGGGUCCUGAGUUCUGCAGUACGAAGCCAGUACAUCAUAUCCCAGCGAUCUUUUCAUGAUCUGGUUUAAUUUAACCGAACAAUAGUCAGGAUCAGCCUGAAGCAGGUUUACAGCUCAGUGAGUCACCAAGGAUUUCUGAACCUGGAUGUGAGGUGGAGUUAGUAACAGACAACCAAUCACAGACAUGGACAUGUCUACUAUGUCAAAGAUUUUAAACAUCACUGCAGCAGCUAAGUUCACUUCUCAAUAUCAUUAUCAGAUCAACAAGGCACAGGUCGACAUGACUACGGUUUUGGGACCCAGAAAAAAUAUAAACAGGAGCAUAAUUUGAAUAAAUAAAUAGGCCCUUUGCAAAUCUUACAAGAUCGACAUAUAUCUAGAGCUUUAAUGGUUUAAUCAGUGUCUGUCUGAGGAUUAUACAGCUUUCUGUCUGAUCUGUUACCUGGAGCAUCACCUGCUCCAGAGCAGGUCAGGAGUUCAGCGUCUAUUUCCAUGGAAAUGAACCUCAAUAAGAAGUCAAUUUCUAUGGUCGCACAGAAAACCCAACGUUACCACGGUAACCUCAAAUUCUGCUUCGUAGUACAGCACUCUGGCCCUGGUUCUGGUUUUGGUUCUGUUUAUCACUCAAGUACUGGUUCAAAGCAGUCAGUGUCUGAGUGACCAACAUGAUGUGAAGACCAAACUGAAUGUCAACAAACUGGAGCUCUGGACCACAGGACAACAAACAAUAAACAAGCACAGCAAACAAACAGUACGCCGACCAGCAGUAAACAGGCAGUAAACAGGCAGUAAACAGGCAGUAAACAGCAUAAACAAGCAGCUGACCAGGUCAGAAUCGGAAGCAGCUGGGAUCCUCUGAACCUGUGAAUUGAUCCAUGUUUCUGUGAUUUUUAUCUUCAAACCAAAGUGUGACCGUUGUGUGUUCGUAGCUCAUCAAUACACACCAUGUGAUUAUUGAUUAAACCGCUGAUUGAUCGUCUCAAAUACUCAAAGCCGUUUGAUUGCAGCAAAAAGACAAUAAUUUGAGCUUUUGAUGAAUCUUAUAUCAGGAUUAAUGUCCACUUGAUUGAUUACUGAUUGACGCUGUAAAUCAUCCUUGAUUGAUUGAUUGAUUGACUGUUUGAUUGAUUGAUUAUUGUGUCUCUAAGUGUCCUUAUCUGAACUGUUGGUACCAAAGACUUUAUUGAUCCUGUGAAUGAGGUCACCUGACUGCUGGACGAGCUGAUUAUUGAUGACAUAUUGAAAGACAAAACAAGCUGUGUGUGUGUUAUCUUUCUGUGCAUGUCUGUGUUGUGGGUGUUUUCUCUCCUGACUUUUUCAGGUAAAUCUGUGUUUUUGAUGACAGGUUUGUUUGUAUCUACAGACCAAAAUUCACCUUUAAAUGUGCCUUAAAGUGAACUUUCCAGUGUAACUGCUCUGAGUGGUUGAACUGGUGGACCAACCAGUGAGUGUAAAUGUGACAAAUAGAAGUGAAGAAAUGA